AUGGGAAAUUUGGUUAUUUUCGAAACAUUGUUUUCUGAAAAAAUUAAAAUAAUCCCGAUUUUGUUAAUUGCGAUAUUAGUUAAGGAAACCGAAGCCGACGACGACGAUUUCAACGUUCUGUAUAAAAAUGGCGCGUACGAAUUUGGUUACAAUAACCCCGAUUCGUACCAUUACGCGCGAGGAAAUAGACAGAACGUCGUUAAUGGAGAAUUCGGAGGAAGGAAUCCAAAAACAGGUGGUAUAGAUAAUACAGUUUAUACAGCUGGACCAAGGGGAUUUCGUCCUAGAGGUAAAAACAUAAUUAGAAAGUACGAUUUGAACCAAUCGGGACCUCGAGCUGUAGGAUCAAAAGAUGAUCCUCUUUUUGAUCCGUACGAAGAUCCGAGUUACAAUUUUUCUUUCAGAACCAAAACGUACAACAGAGACGAAAACUCGAACAGAUUAGGAGACGUGUCCGGCAGGUAUUCGUACACGGAUGAUGUAGGGGAAAGGCAUAACGUCGAAUACAUCGCCGGCAAGCGGACAGGUUUCCACGUGAAAACCCCUUUUCCGGAUUCGAAUCCCCGAGCGUACGGUCCGCUUUAUUUCAGAGGCCGAGGCAGACCGAUUCCGAGAGGCAGAACCUCGAUACAAAGGGGCUUAGACGGGAGUUAUAAAUUCGUUUCCGCCGGUCCAGAUCAGAGACGUACCGAAACUAGUGAUUCCACGGGACACGUUAGAGGAUCGUACACUUAUCUGGACGAUAAAGGCGUUCAACAUUCAGUUCAUUACAUAGCAGGACCUGAAACUGGUUACAGAGUCCUUAAAACGGUCAAAGGUCCACAUCUACCCACAGUAUUUCCGUUCAAUCGUCCUGAAAUCGUUCCUCCGGACUUUUACGAUUAUAACGAUGGGGAUGUUUUCGAUACGGCCGCAACUGGACAUGGCAGACCUGGCGCUAGACCUGCCGAACCUGAUGGCGCAACUACCGAAGAUGAUAACGGUAUGGGAAAAGAUGGUGAUGGUUUUGGUGGGGUAACUAGACCUGGAGGAAGCAGACCUUUUGGUUUCGGCGAUAAAAAACCUUUGGACGAGGCUAAUUCCGGUUACGAGACCGAUUUCGAUGACCUCUUCGGUGGUACUGGUGGUAAAAAACCAGCCGGAAACGACGGAACUGGUAAAGGAAACGGAGACAUCGCUGGAAGUUCUAAUAAACCUUCUGAAGAUGAUUUCUCCAAACCUUCCAAUGAGUAUAUUCCUCCAGGAGAAGAAGGACAGUAUGGAAGCAAAGGAAAUGGCGUUGGAAGUGGAAAUGGGAAGCAACCGACGACUACAAGACCGUCUACAAGUGGUUUAGGUGGUUCGGAAGGAAGUGACGAUUUAGGAUUGUUUGGAAGUGGCGUUAAAGGACCUAAUUCGGCCGAAGGAAAUAAAGGUCCGUUUAUAACGAUCGAAAAUCCUGGUAAGGAGUGUCAGAGAUGUCGAGGAGCUUUAAUAACCAACGUGGGGGAUAGUUAUCUAACGGUACCACCUGGAGUUUCAGUUAGAGCUCACGUUCAAGCGGUUGAUUUGUUACCGUACAGUUCAAGAUUUCCCAGACCGAGCGAUCAAUACAAAGCGGAUUUGGCUCUCGAGACCGAGCAGUUGAAUUCCGGGAAAGAUAGAAUUGUUGAUGAAAUUGGAGAUGAUGCGGCAACAACGGAAGAAACGACGACGGAAUAUUAUACGACGACGAUGUUGCCAAGUAAUUCGACGGAGACGUAA